AUGUCAGACGUCACCGCCGAGUCCACGCCGCGCCAGCGCCUGCCUACGCCGUCGCCAUCACUAUCCCAGCAGCAGUCUCGCGGUCGUCAGCCGCCCCCUCCCGGCUCCGACCCCCUCGCUCUCGGCGUCGUCAUCUUCAUCGCCGUCUGCUUCCUCCUGGUUUCAAUCUCAGCUCCAUCAAGCAUUUUACAUCAAGUUCCUGAAGGACAUGUUGGGGUAUACUGGAGAGGAGGUGCUCUUUUGAAAACCAUUACUACUCCAGGUUAUCACCUGAAGCUGCCUUUCAUCACCCAGUUUGAGCCAAUACAGGUUACACUCCAAACAGACCAGGUCAAAGGUAUUCCUUGUGGAACGAAAGGCGGUGUCAUGAUCAGCUUUGACAAGAUAGAGGUUGUCAAUCGUCUCAAUAAAGACUUUGUUUAUGACACCCUGCUCAAUUAUGGUGUGCAUUAUGAUAAGACAUGGAUAUAUGACAAAAUUCAUCACGAGAUAAACCAGUUCUGCAGUGCUCAUACUUUGCAGCAAGUUUACAUUGACAUGUUCGAUCAGAUUGAUGAGACCAUGAAAGAAGCUAUCCAAAGGGACUGCACGCGCUAUGCUCCUGGAAUUGAGAUUAUCAGUGUUCGUGUUACAAAGCCAAACAUACCUGUUAGUAUUAGGAGAAAUUUUGAACUUAUGGAGGAGGAGCGUACAAAGGCGCUAAUUGCCAUCGAAAGGCAAAAGGUGGCAGAAAAGGAGGCAGAAACUCAGAAGAAGAUCGCAUUAUCUGAAGCAGAAAAGAAUGCACUAGUGAGCAAGAUCCUCAUGCAGCAGAUGCUAACGGAAAAGGACAGUUCCAAAAGGCAGCAGCAGAUUGAUAAUGAAAUGUUUCUUGCCCGAGAGAGAGCCCUUGCAGAUGCAAACUAUUACAGGAUUACGAAGGAAGCAGAGGCUAACAAACUAAAACUUACACCUGAGUAUCUUGAGCUGAGGUUUAUUGAAUCAAUUGCCAAUAACACAAAGAUUUUCUUUGGUGAAAAGAUUCCGAACAUGAUCAUGGAUCAAAGGUUGAUUCGAAAUCACCUUGAUUCUGCUCCGAGCAAGGACCAGUUAGAAAUAUAG